GCAGACGCGGUGCCGUGCGCGGUUCAGAGACAUCCGGCCGGUGCAGCUGGAACUGCAGAAUCUGUAGGAGUCACUUCUCCUGUGACCAACAAAUGGCGUCGUCUGGGAUGGCUUCUGGCCGCAGGUGGAAUCGCCACGCUUCCGACAUUCGUCAGCACUUCCGAAUCAAUCGCCCUUUCGGAAGCCUCAUCAGAGGAAAGUAGUGCGGGGAAGUCUGAUGCCGGAGGACCAGAUGGGUCGUUCAAACCGCAGAUCGUCUUCGUCCUUGGUGGUCCUGGGAGUGGUAAGGGAACUCAAUGCGCGAAGAUUGUCGAGGAAUACGGAUUCACCCAUCUGAGCGCUGGCGAUCUUUUACGUGCUGAGAUCAAGUCUGGAUCUUCUCACGGAAACAUGAUUCAGAACAUGAUUAAGGAUGGAAAGAUUGUUCCAGCCGAGGUCACUGUCGGUCUUCUUCAGAAAGCAAUGAAGGAGAGUGGGAAUAAUAAGUUCCUCAUCGAUGGGUUUCCUCGGAACAACGAUAACAGGACAGUCUUUGAAAAUCAGACUGGCAUCGAUCCUGAGUUCAUUCUCUUCUUUGAUUGCCCUGAGGACGUGAUGGUCAAGCGUCUUCUUGGAAGAAACCAGGGACGAAUUGACGAUAACAUGGAUACGAUUAAGAAGAGAUUUCGGGUUUUCUUGGACCAGAGUAUUCCAGUUGUGAACCAUUAUGACUUGCGUGGCAAAGUGCGAAAGGUUGAUGCCACCCGUUCCCCCGACGAAGUGUUCCAAGCAGUUUCCCCUCUUUUUACCAAGUUUCGUGAGGGUGAUUUGCUUGAUAACACGAAGGCCUUGCUGAAUGCCAUUGACACCGGGGAUUACAAAACGUACUCCAACCUCUCAGACGAACACCUUUCUGCCUUUGAGCCUGAAGCACAAGGUGGCUUGGUCAAGGGCCUGGAGCUCUGGCAAGUCGUCUGCUCUUUCGGUGGCUUUGACAAGGUGACAAGUGGCAAGCUCUGGCGCGUUGUUGGGGAUCAGUUCGACCCUCCCAAGUCAUGCACAACGCUUUCCUGGUCCUUCCGGGGUUUCUACGAGAAGGCGCUACUGGAGUACGAGAAGCACGUGGGCGUGGACCCCAUGCUGGAGGGGACUCUCGCCAUCACCCCACGCACGGACGGCAAGCACCACCCGGAGCAGGGGGGCAGUGGGCUACGUGGAGCCAAGCGAUUGGCUGCAGCCAAGACUGGAGCCGCUGAUGGGGAUCACACGGAUACUCCGAAGGAUCUGCCCCAAAGCGGUUAUUUUCUGAGGCGCUUCAAACGAUCGUCUCAGUUCUCCCCUUCGCCCUCCCUCCCGCUCUCCCCCCCUUCCGCCUCCCCCUCUCCCCCUCCCCCCUGCUGCGCGCUCAUCUUCCGUCCAGGAACGCGGCACCCCGGGAUCAGGCCCAAAGCGGCACAGACGGACCCAGGAUGGAGACCUCAUUCUCUUGGCUCUCCUCUACUCCUUAAUCGCUACCUCCCACACUCCCUGCAACCAACAGAGGAAACACCUGAAGGAACGCCUGGGGCGGCGACCAGGGCAGCAGAUGCGCCCCGCCCGAGAGGCAGGCCGCCUGGGAGCGGGGGAGGUACACCUGGGGGAGGUGGCACUUCUGGGAGAGAGGGGGGGCGGCGGAAUGCAGGAGAUGGGGGAGCGGGGCGAGGGGGAGUGGGAGGAGCAGCAGUGGGAGGAGGGGGAAUGGGGGUAGUAGGGGGGGCAGGGGGAGGAGUAGGGGGUGGAGUGGGGGGGGGAGUGGGGGGAGGGGGAGGAGUGGGCGCAGCAGCGAUGGAUGAUGGGGCGGUGGCAGUGGUGAACGACCUGGGUCUGCCGGCUGAUUGGGUUCGAAUCAACGUCCGCCGAUCGCCGGACUGCUUUGAGAUCUACGCUCUCGUCCCAGGCCUGCUGCGGGAAGAGGUGCGCGUGCAGUGUGAGCCGGCAGGGAAGCUGGUCAUUGCAGGGGAGCCAGAGCAACCAGACAACCCGUGGGGAGUGACGCCAUUCAAGAAGGUGAUUCUGCUGCCUGCAGCCAUCAACGCAAAUCAGACGUCAGCAGUGGCGACACCAAGCGACGCGAUGGGGAUCUUUCUGGACGAGCCCAAGUUCCCGGUGAUCGAUCGCACGCCGUCGUUCGGUCGCACGGUUGGUAACUUCACGUUCAGCGACUACAAAAACGUCGCCACGUUCACCGCCGUGUCGCUACCGUUCGGUUACCUCGCAGGUGGAAGUGCCAACCUGAGGGGGCCCAGCAUGUACUGUGCAGGUAUCCUCGGGCUGAUGGGGGGAUUCAUGUACGCGUACCAGCAGUCUUCUGGGCGGCUCAUGGGCAUGUUUCCGAACAAGUGGGAGGUGGAUCGGGAGAAGUGGAGCAACUAG